AUGGCAAAUCACAGCAAUCAGAUUUUUAAUGAUCUUGCAUUGGAAAUUCUAGCAAAAUUACCUGUUAAAUCUUUGAAGCGAUUUAAUUGUGUGCAAAAGUUUUGGCUAAAUUUACUUGAAAAUCCUGAUUUUAAAAGCAUGUACUAUGAGAAUUUAAAAUCUAAAUCUGCUCAUUCAUCGCCUCUGCUUCUAUGGAGAGAGUGUUCCAAAAGCACUGGAAACGUUUAUGGAAAUAAUGUACAUUUGCUUUCUGAAAAGAGAUAUGAAAAUAUAGUUACAUUAGUUAUGCCAAGUCUGUUUGAGGGGUAUGAUGAUUCUAGCUGUGUUUUAGACUGUGUUAAUGGCAUUAUAUGUCACUAUGUAGAAGGUGGUACUAAUAUAGAAAUAGGACUUUGGAAUCCUAAAACCGACGAACAUAAAAUUAUUCCUCCGAGUAUUAUUAUUAAUGAUGAGCCCGGCUUUCAUGGUCAUGUAACAGUUCAGGGUUUUGGUUAUGAUAAUAUGAAUGAUGACUAUAAAGUGAUUCAUUGUGCAUAUUAUAUGUAUGUUUAUAAUGGAAUAUUCUUAGAAGAGCCUACUCUAAGAAUUUGGCAAAUUUAUAGUCUAAAAGAUAAUUGUUGGAAGAAGCUUGAUCUUGAAAUGACUAAGACGACAAAUAUAAAUAAAGCUUCUGUAGCGUACUUGAAUGGAGUAUGCCAUUGGUGGGGUAGCGAGUUUGCCACUAAUGGAUUCGAAGAACAGGUACUUGUGUCAUUUAAUCUUAGCACCGAAACGUUUCAAACUACAUCAAUUGUUUGGCUGCAAAUAAAUGAUGCUCACCCUACGAGAUCUUUGGUAGUGCUCAACGAGUCUGUUACUCUGAUUUCUUCUUUUGAUGAGGAUAGUCGCAUUGAAAUGUCCAUUUUGGGUGAAGUUGGUGUGAAAGAAUCUUGGGUAAAACUUUUCACAUUUACACUUGGACCUUUCUCCGAUCUUCGUAUACCAACCGUGAGAAUGGGCAACAAAUGUGAUAUAAUAUUUUUUAUCAGAAAUGACAGCAAUGAAUUGGCUUCUUUUGAUGUCAUUACGGGCAAAGUAAUUCACAAUAUUAAUAUCAAAACACUCAUGUUUAGUACAUGGAUUUAUAAGGAAAGCCUCCUUUCUUUCACGAAAGAAAUUAAUUGA